UAACUUAAUUAUUUAUUCUCUAUAUUCAUCAUAGAUUCAUUGAUAUUUCUAGUUAACUUUUACUUUCUUAUCUAUGGUCUCACUUAUGAUUUUGACGUGUGUGUGGUUUACUUCUGUUUUCUGCAAAAAUAAUUUUAUUAUCAUUGACCAGAAUUUGAACUAAAAUAUUUUAAUGAGAAACGUAAAUUGAAUGCUGAACUUGCAACCUUAAUAAAUGUUUAUGUUAAUCUACUGACAAAUCGUUGAAAACCCAUAAAUUUGUGUGACUAAUCAAAUAAAUAUUUCUAUAGUGAUUCUCAACCAAAUAAACAUAAACUUUCAAACAUGCAUCUUGGAGUUAAUAUAUCAAAUGCUUUACAACAAUUAGAAAGUGUAAAAGCAGCUGUAGAUCAAAGUGAUGAUCCCAAGUUAAAGGCUGCCACCAACGAUGACUUGAAUAUGCUGAUAAACCUGUUGGAAAGUCCUAUACUAAAGAGUAUAGCGACACUCCAUGACUCUGUAGGAAUGCUUGCAACUCAGGUUGCACAUCACCCUUCUAUUAUUCCCGGAGACUUUGAUAUCACUCCAGCAGGUGAUCUUGCUCUACAAGCAAGGAACUUGUAUGGAAGUCAUGAGGGGGAGGAAGAGCAGCGUGUUCCCCAAGUAUCACCACCACAUAGUCUUGAAUUUGGUUCUGGCUCUGAUAAUGAGCGCAUUCUGGGGCUCGACAGUGGAUCUGUGGACUCAAACAUGUCUCCAAAACAGAAUCGUGGCCUUUUGGAUUUGUCAAGAACUGACGAGUCUAUCGGCUCUAUGUCUCACAGCAUAGUUGGCAGUGACUGGGCACAGGUUGAAAUCAUUAACUUGGUAAAUGAUGGCACUGGAUUAGGAUUCGGUAUAAUUGGUGCAAGGACGAGUGGCGUGAUUGUCAAGACUAUUUUGGCGGGAGGUGUCGCCGAUAGAGACGGCCGGCUGAAGUCUGGUGAUCAUAUCCUACAAAUAGGAGAUGCUCAUUUAAUGGAGAUGGGUUCGGAGCAAGUGGCGGGAGUGUUGCGUGCGUCGGGUUCCCGGGUGCGGCUGGUGGUGGCGCGCGCCGCGGACCCGGCCGCGCCCCCGCUGCAUUCACACGCGGCUCAUCCAGGACACUCCGCACCACUCGUACCUGCCAGGCUCCUGUCAGACCCUGAGGCUCUGGACCGCUACCUACUAGACGCAGGCUUCGAACAAGUGUUCCACACUCAACCUACACCAGUCCCACACAACAAUGCCUCCAGAUUUGUAUUCGAUAGAUCCAUUACACCCCCACCUGAUGCAGAUGCGGAGUCUCCAGAAGUCGAUAGAUUCACAGUGCAGCUGAAGAAAGACGAAAAUGGACUCGGAAUUACUAUUGCAGGCUAUGUAUGUGAAAAAGAGGAACUUUCGGGAAUAUUCGUAAAGUCGGUAACGCCGGGUAGCGCGGCGGCUUUGAGUGGCAAGGUGCGCGUCAACGAUCGCAUCGUCGCCGUCGACGGCGUCUCGCUCGCGGGCAAGUCCAACCAACGGGCUGUCGACGCACUCAAACAGAGUGGGAACAUUGUUACACUGGAAUUGGAAAGAUACCUUCGCGGUCCAAAAUUCGAGCAGCUACAGCAGGCUAUAGCGGCAGGGGAGAGCGCGGCCAGUACUGCGACUCCACACAACCCAUUCCUACGCAUGCACCGCCCUGACACGAUGCCCUCGCCCGAACAUGACAUACCCAUGGCACAGCUACAUAACUCUGUGUCAGUGGAGAGCGCCCCCGAGGAGCCCCCGGCGGCGCCGAGCAGUGCGCGCGCGCAGCCUGCCUUCGACAUGCCACGCACUCAGGAACAGAAGGACGCCAUCAAGAGGAAGUGGCAGGCUAUACUUGGCGACGAGGUAGAGAUCGUCGUCGGCGUAGUAGUCCGCGGUGGCGGUGGGCUGGGUAUAUCCCUGGAGGGUACAGUGGACGUGGAGGGCGGGAGGGAGGUCCGCCCGCAUCACUACGUGAGGUCUGUGUUGCCGGAGGGACCGGUCGGACGCGCCGGAGUGCAUCGACCUGGGGAUGAGUUGCUCGAGGUGAACGGGCACCGCCUGCUGGGCAUGAACCACCUGGAGGUGGUGUCGAUCCUGAAGGAGCUGUCGAGCGAGGUGUGCAUGGUGUGCGCGCGGCCGCGGCCCGCGCCGCUGGACCUGGCGCCGCCCGCGCCCACGCUCGUCAAGGCCAAAUCAGAUGGAAGUCUGGCCGGUGCAGGCGCCGAAGAAGGAGGAUCACUAUCGGCCGGUGGAAAAGUACGCUCGCGCAGUUUGGAACCCUUAACUGGUCUCGCCAUGUGGUCAUCUGAACCACAAAUCAUAGAACUAGUGAAAGGUGAGCGUGGUUUGGGAUUCUCGAUCCUGGAUUACCAGGACCCGCUGCGACCGUCACAUACACUGGUGGUAAUCCGUUCCCUAGUGCCGGGCGGAGUGGCUCAGCAAGAUGGCCGCCUCAUACCUGGGGAUAGACUGCUUUUCGUCAAUGAUCAGAACUUGGAAGACGCAAGUCUAGAACAAGCAGUGGCAGCAUUGAAAGGCGCCCCGCGUGGAGUAGUCCGCAUCGGAGUGGCCAAACCACUUCCACUCGCCGACGCACCACCCCCGCUACCACACACCGCCCCGCCCUCUCAACCUUAGACUUAAAACAUACGAUAUUUAAAACAAAAGGCAAAAACCUAGUAAUCAAAAUUAAGCGGUAAGAAAAUUCCUUGAUCUUCCUAUAUGAGAAAAUUCUGAUAUAAAUUACGUCCAAUAAGCCAAAUGGUAUAAUAAUAUCGAGUCUGACAAUCAAUUGCUGAACUUUGUAUAAAAUAUUACCAACAGCUACGAUUCACUGUUCGACUGUGAGUCUCGUCUCCUCAGAGGGUUCGCCAUAAUCUCGAAAUGGCAUGAUAAAUGACAUACACGCUGUCAUUUGAUGAAGUAUGACAAAUAUGUUAAACCAUUACAUUUUCUUUUCUAUUCACUCUAUACUAAAGUUCUAGCUGUUAGAGUGAGACAACAAUAUUUCAUGCGUUUAUUGUUUCUGUCGUCAUAAUUAUUUUAUGGCUUCUAUCUUUUUUCUUAACGCCUUCUUUUGAAGUUGCCAGUGUUUUGCCUAAAGUAUUAUUGCUCAUUUAAACUCUUUGUUUAGUUACACUACGGUAGCUAGAUUAAAAAGUUAUAGCGUCAUAUCAUUAUUAUUUCAUAUAAACUGUAUUAUUAUAUUAAUGACAUAUUUUACUGCGAUUUAUUAUUAUUAUUAAGUUUUAAUAUUCACUUAACUAACUAUAUCUUUUUGUGUGUUUGACUAGUUGUUAGCUUAAGUAUUUUAAAAUUUAUCGAUUUUAUUAGUUUAGUUAUAGAUAAAUAUAAUCAUUGAACAAUGUACU